AAACACGGCCAUCUUCAUGUGUAAAUGCUGCAACCUUUUCUCGCCAAAUCAGGCGGAACUCCUCUCCCACGUUUCUGAGAAGCACGCGCAAGAAGGGGUUAACGUGGAUGAGAUCAUCAUUCCCCUUAGACCACUGAGCACCCCUGAACCCACCAACCCAAGCAGGAGCGGAGAUGCAAACGUGGUGGGUGUGGCCGUGGCCGUCCUGGGGCCAGCCCAGGCCUGCGGGACAGAGGUGUCCUUCCUCCACAGUAGGGAGGAGAGCCGCCUCCCUGCUGAGGGGUCGGGUGCCUCCCAGGUGCACAGCUUACAGAUGGCGGUGAAGCUGCAGUCCAGAGCACUGGUGUUUGUGCCCCUGUUCCUGGAGUCCGGCGCAGUAACUGGCGGUUGUGUGCGGGCCGAGAUCCCGGGCCCGCUGCUCUGCCUCCUGGCGCUGGGCUUUGCGGUGCACACUGGCCCCUCCUUGCACAUCCCUCUGUGCUGCACUGCUGGAAACCCACGCGGGCAGGCUGGCCGCCGGCCCGCAACAGGGCUGCCACCCCCAGACCUGGGCCCCGGCCCCCUUGUUUCUGAUAAGCAGUUCAUGCAUCCCUCGGGCUUCCUGGGCGUGUUGGAGAGCAGCGUCACGGAGGUGGACGGAAAUGAAUCUGACCUCGAACUGGAGAAGAAGUGUAAGGACGACGAGCGGGAAAAGCCCCCGAAGAGGCCGCGGACUCAGAGAGCUGAGAGAGCACAGAAGGGGUCCUCGGGCAAGGAGGCCUGGCCCAUUUCCGGUGCCAAGAAACCAAUCAUAAGCGUGGUUCUCACGGCUCACGAAGCGAUUCCAGGUGCUACCAAGAUUGUUCCAGUGGAGGCCGGGCCCCCCGAAACGGGAGCAGCGAACCCCGAGACGCCCGCGGCCGGCCUGGCCCCGCGGAGGGGCUACCAGGAGUACGCCAUUCAGCAGACCCCGUACGAGCAGCCCAUGAAGUCCAGCAGGCUCGGCCCCACCCAGCUCAAGAUCUUCACCUGCGAGUACUGCAACAAGGUCUUCAAGUUCAAGCACUCGCUGCAGGCCCACCUGCGCAUCCACACCAACGAGAAGCCCUACAAGUGCCCGCAGUGCAGCUACGCCAGCGCCAUCAAGGCCAACCUCAACGUGCACCUGCGCAAGCACACGGGCGAGAAGUUCGCCUGCGACGGCUGCGCCUUCACCUGCCUGAGCAAGGGCCACCUCAAGGUGCACAUCGAGCGGGUGCACAAGAAGAUCAAGCAGCACUGCCGCUUCUGCAAGAAGAAGUACUCGGACGUCAAGAACCUCAUCAAGCACACCCGGGACGCCCACGACCCCCAGGACCCCACGGUGCAGGAGGCGCUGCGCGAGCUGUGCCUGCUGACGCGCGAGGGCAAGCGGCAGCUGCUCUACGACUGCCACAUCUGCGAGCGCAAGUUCAAGAACGAGCUGGACCGCGACCGCCACAUGCUGGUGCACGGCGACCAGUGGCCCUUCGCCUGCGAGCUCUGCGGCCACGGGGCCACCAAGUACCAGGCGCUGGAGCUGCACGUGCGGAAGCACCCCUUCGUGUACGUCUGCGCCCUCUGCCUCAAGAAGUUCGUCAGCUCCAUCCGGCUGCGCGCCCACCUCAGGGAGGCGCACGGGGCCGCCCAGGAGAGCCUGGCCUUCACCAGCUCCAUCAACCAGAGCUUCUGCCUCCUGGAGCCCGGGGGGGACAUCCAGCAAGAAGCCCUGGGCGGGCAGCUGCAGCUGGCGGAAGAGGAGUUUGUGUUCCAGGGCGUCAACGCCCCCCAAGACCCAUCCGGCCGCGGGGACGCACAGCCCGAGGAGGCGGGGCGGAAGGGGCCGGAGGCCUCGGCGGAGGUGCCCGCCCCACCACCCCUGACCGCAGCCAGCCCCCAGGCCCAAGCCGAAGGCGCCGCCCCGCCCCCCGGCGAGCUGGAAGCCUCUGUGGUCUCUGCUCAGCUUCACCCGCACGCCGUGGUUUCAGAUGAGUUUUUGCUGCAAAAGGGAGCCCCCUCUCCAGAGGCUCCCGUGGCUCCCGAGGGGGCCCUGGACACCCCCCAAGGAGAAGCUGCCCAGGCUCCCGGCGAAGAGGUCACGCUGCUGCUGUCCCAGGCCGCAGGCCAGGCAGCACACCCCGGCGUCCCCGGAGCCCAGAGCCCGCCGGGGGCAGGGCCGGGCGCGGCUGCCUGCCCGUCCCAGGGCCCCGAUCCCAGUGGGUGUCUCGGGUCAGCCCCGGCUGAGGCCACAGACCUUCCUCCGGCUGAGGCCACAGACCUUCCUCCGGUGGCCAGUGCCCGAGACCCGGCCCUGCGCCGGCCCGACUCUCUCGCCCCCCUCCCCGAGCCCCGGGCUGGCAUCACCGCCUUCAUGAAGAUCCUGGACAGCUUACACAAGAGGCGGAUGAACACCGACUUGUGCGAGCGGAUCCGGAAGGUGUACGGGGACCUGGAGUGUGAAUACUGUGGCAAACUUUUUUGGUACCAAGUGCAUUUUGACAUGCAUGUCCGCACCCACACCCGGGAACAUCUGUAUUAUUGCUCCCAGUGCCAUUACUCUUCCAUCACCAAAAACUGCCUUAAACGCCAUGUAAUUCAGAAACACAGUAACAUCUUGCUGAAGUGCCCCACUGCUGGCUGUGACUACUCGACUCCAGAUAAAUAUAAGCUGCAGGCACAUCUCAAAGUUCACACUGAGCUGCAGCACCGAGCAGGAAUCACAGCUGUCUCCUUUGCCCAGCCCCGCGCCACACCCGUCAGGGACCUGACACCCACGUGUUGGCAUCCCCCAGGGCCCUGGCUUAUCCUCAGCGCACUCUCAGCAGCACACCCUGUGUGGGUUUGGACAAAUCGAGAACGACCUGCAUCAGGGACGACCUGUGCGGCCGAACGGAUCCACAGCCGUGAGGGCCUGCCUCAGGCCUCCCUGCCCUGCCUGGCUAGCUCAGCUGGCUGUUUAGUGGCCUUUUCCAGAACGCUGCUGCCCCACCACCGCACACGUGGCGACGCCGAGGGCUCAGCUCCAACGAGCGGCUCGUGGCGCCUCUGCGGGGGUCUGGUGGUUCGGCAGUCCGACGGGCUUCCUGUGGUGUGUGGGCUACUCUGCGUCUUUGCCUCUCACACAGAUGCCACACUCGAUGCGGGGACCCUGACGCAAGGGUCCCCUUGGGGUACUGGGCCUGGCCUUUGGGUCACCCUCAGGCAGCCGCGACGCUCACUUCUCCUCCCUCCCGCAGGGAAGCAGUUCAAGUGCGCGGUGUGCGACUACACGGCGGCCCAGAAGCCCCAGCUGCUGCGGCACAUGGAGCAGCACGCCUCCUUCAAGCCUUUCCGCUGCGCCCACUGCCACUACUCCUGCAACAUAUCCGGCUCCCUGAAGCGGCACUACAACAGGAAGCACCCCAACGAGGAGUACGCCAACGCGGGCACCGGGGAGCUGGCGGCCGACGCGCUGCUGCAGCAAGGCGGUCUCAAGUGUCCCGUCUGCAGCUUUGUCUAUGGCACCAAAUGGGAGUUCAACCGGCACUUGAAGAACAAGCACGGCCUGAAGUUGGUGGAAAGCGAGGGCGACCCCAAGUGGGAGCCCGCAGCAGAGACGCCCGAGGAGCCUCCCACCCAGUAUCUGCACAUCACGGAAGCCGAAGAGGACGUGCAGGGCACCCAGGCCGCCGUGGCGGCGCUCCAGGACCUGAGAUACACAUCCGAGAAUGGUGACCGGCUUGACCCCACAGCCGUGAACAUCCUCCAGCAGAUCAUCGAGCUGGGCGCUGAGACGCACGACGCCGCGGCCGUGGCCUCGGUGGUUGCCAUGGCGCCAGGGACAGUGACGGUGGUGAAACAGGUCACGGAGGAGGAGCCCAGCUCCAACCACACGGUCAUGAUCCAGGAGACCCUCCAGCAGGCCUCCGUGGAGCUGGGGGAGCGGCACCACCUCGUGGUGUCCUCCGACGGCGUGGAGGGCAUCGAGACGCUGACCGUGUACACGCAGGGCGGGGAGGCCUCGGAGUUCAUCGUCUACGUGCAGGAGGCCAUGCCGCCCGUGGACGAGCAGGCCCUGGCGCAGCCGGCCCCGGACCUCUAGGGCACCCAGCGUGGGCGGGGGCCGCGGCCAGGCGGGGCUCCAGGACGCGGGCGCAGGCCAGGGAGGCCGCGGAAGGCGGCACACGCGGCGCUGGGGCUGGCUGGGGUCGCCUGGCCUGCCCGGUGGCCAGCUGCGGUGUGUGCCCGCCUCGGGGCCCUGGCCAGCCGCCUCACCCCGUCGCUCAUGGUUUGAGAAGACUGGCGCCAAGUCCCGGACGUGGCCUCGCCACGUCGCCCUUCGCUUCCGAUGCAAACAGACACCCCCGGCCCGCAGCCGCUCCCUGGCCCCUCCGCCCCACUUCUCGACCCCUCUCGGCAUUAGCAACCCCCCAGCCUGGGGGCAGAGAUGUCCACUCGCCAACGAGCAAGGGUCCUUGGCUCUGAAUCACCUCUGGGAGGUGCACAGGGGGCUUCUGCUUCACCUGCCAGGGCCUCCGCUCCUCAUGUAUUGGGGGACCUCGCCAUCCUGGGAGCCACCCCGAUCUGACCCUGGUUGGGUGGCCCUGCCACGCUGCGGUGGGUCUCGCCACCUGCUUGCAGUCUGCUUAUACACGAGCGCGCUUUCCACUACUCAUCUCCCACAGGCCGUGAGCAGUGGAACCGCUCUGCCUGGCACCUGCCCAAAGCCCAGUCACGGCUCCAGACCCCCCCGAACCGCUGCCGCCCCUGGCCUCAGAGCUGUCCGGGACGGCCCUCGGGGCUGAUGCCCCCGUCAUUCCUAGUGCCCAGGUUGCUUGCUCCCUGCCCGCCCCGACCCAGCGGUCGCCGCCACCCUGCGUGUGCCCGGCAGCGCUGCACGCCAGUGGCCGAGGCUUCUGCAAGCACCCGAUGUGAUUCAGGCUUUGUCCCUGCCCCGGUGACAGUCCUGAGCCUCUGGAGUCCCUGCUCCGCACGCCAGGGCCCCGGUGUCCCCUGCUCUGUCUGAGGCUGUGACCUCGGCACCCCAUCGAGCCUGGGGGAUCGGGGUUUAUUUCCUGGACGCCCCUCCCUUCAGUCCCGUUUUCACACAGCCACAGCUGCUCUGCUGAAGGGCCGGCACCCACAGCCUUUGCACGGGGCCUCGGGGCCCUGGUUCCCGCUCACCCAGGACGGAGCUUCCCACCUGCUUGCUGACUGCAGAGCAGGGCAGGGGCCCAU